CAGGGACAAACGGAGUCUACCAUCUUCCAAUCAGCCAGCUGAUCUCAACAGGAGAGAAGACCCAGGAAAUCCCAAGCACCUCCGACAAUGAAGGAACAAGAAAAACCCCUAACCCACCGCCUCCAUUACUGGGGCAACACCCCAGAAGAAGACUACUACAAGCUCCAAGGAAUCACAGGCUCCAAGUCAUUCUACACCUCGCCCAGAGGCCUUAAGCUCUUCACCAGAUCAUGGCUUCCCCUGUCCUCCACUCCUCCACGUGCCCUCAUCUGCAUGGUCCACGGCUACGGCAACGACAUCAGCUGGACCUUCCAGGCCACCUCCAUCUUCCUUGCCCAAAAGGGUUUUGCUUGCUUCGCUCUUGACUUGGAAGGCCAUGGCCAAUCUCAGGGUCUCAGGGCUUUCGUACCCAGUGUUGAUCUUGUUGUUCGAGACUGUCUCUCAUUCUUCAAUUUUGUCAAACAAGACCCUCUGUUUCGUGGGCUGCCUUCAUUUCUGUACGGAGAAUCGAUGGGGGGUGCAAUUUGCCUCUUGAUCCACUUAGCGGAUCCGAAAGGGUUCGAUGGUGCAGUUUUGGUCGCACCAAUGUGUAAAAUCUCUGACAAAGUGAGACCCAGCUGGCCAAUUCCACAGGUUCUCACAUUUGUUGCCAAAUUCUUUCCCACUUUGCCAAUCGUUCCGGCCGCCGAUCUUUUGUACAAGUCUGUGAAGGUUGACGAGAAGAAGAUCAUAGCGGAGAUGAAUCCGAUGAGGUAUAGAGGGAAACCAAGAUUGGGGACGGUGGUGGAACUAAUGGGGGUUACUGAGUAUUUGAGUAAGAGGUUGCCCGAUGUGAGCCUUCCAUUUAUUGUAUUACAUGGAAGCGCGGAUGUUGUUACAGAUCCGAAUGUGAGCAGAGAUUUGUAUGAAGAGGCGAAGAGUGAGGACAAGAGCAUAAAGAUUUAUGAUGGGAUGAUGCAUUCUUUGUUGUUUGGCGAAACUGAUGAGAAUAUUGAGAUUGUUCGCCUUGAUAUACUGACAUGGUUGAAUGAUAGAUGCAGAGGAAGAGUUGAAUAAAUUUGUAAGGUGAAAUCUCUGAUUAGUGGGUCCAAAUUGUUGUUAUUUCACAUAAUUAAAUAUUUUGACCAAUUGUAUUCAGCCCAAAUGAAGUCACAAGCGUUUCACAAUAAUAUAUAUAUUAUCU